CGCCCUUUUGGAACGCUGGGCUCCGUCCGGGCGGAGGGGCUCCAUUGAGAAAAAAGCGCCCGGGAGGAGAAGAAGGAGGAGAACGAGGAGGAGAGAGGAGAGGAGAGGAGAGAAGGUGCGGAGCCGCGGGGCAUGAGAGCCCGGGGCCGCGAUGUCCAGGAGGAAGCAGAGCAACCCCCGGCAGAUCAAACGCACCUUUGGCGAGAUGGAGGAAGGAGAGGAGGCGCCCUUGCAGGACAGCGGUAGCAGCCAAUUGGAGAAGGAGGGCGGGGCUUCCGACCCGGACGGCGACAGUUCCGCGGAAGGCGAUUCGCCCGCUUCACCUUGUAGCGAAAGAGGUGAACUUAAAGAAAACAUGGAGAGUCCGACGGAACCGGAGAAACAAGAGACUCCGGAGAAGCCCCAAGAGCUGAAACCAUGGAACGGACCAGCUGAGCUGGAGAUGAUGACUUCCGAGGAGGGAAAAAAGCUGUGGGCCAAGCAAAAUGUGCCGGAAGGAUUGUCGUGGGGUCCCUAUCGGGGCAACAUCCAAAGUGAAGCCUCAUCUCCUGGACAUGGAGAGCAGCCAAAUCACCCAGUGUCCUUGGUGCUGGAAGACGAAGACUGCUGGCUGUCGGCGCUGCCUUUGGUUCCUGGCGAAAGCGAUGCCAAUUCGGUGAUCUACAAGAAGGACGACGCGAUUUGGUGCAAAACCACGACAGCCAUUGCGGAAGGGGAGGUGCUGAAGGCAUUUGUCAUGGCCGAGCCCAUGGGGAUCCCCAACCACACUGUGAAGACCGAGAGUGGGGAGCCUGCCUUCUCUGCCUCGCUGCCCCCCGAAAUCCAGCUCCUACCCCAGCAAGCCGGCAUGGCAGCCAUAUUGGCAACGGCAGUCGUGAACAAGGACGUCUUCCCCUGCAAAGACUGUGGCAUUUGGUACCGGAGCGAGCGCAACCUGCAGGCCCACCUGAUGUAUUACUGCGCCAGCCGGCAGAAUGCGGCUUCGCCCGCGGUGGACGAGAAGCCCAAGGAGACCUACCCCAACGAACGCAUCUGCCCCUUCCCGCAGUGCAAGAAGAGCUGCCCCAGCGCCAGUUCCCUGGAGAUCCACAUGCGCAGCCACAGUGGAGAGAGACCUUUUGUCUGCCUCAUCUGCCUUUCUGCUUUCACCACAAAAGCAAACUGUGAGCGACACCUGAAAGUCCACACGGACACAUUGAACGGGGUCUGUCACAGCUGUGGCUUCAUCUCCACCACCAGGGAUAUCCUUUACAGCCACCUGGUCACCAACCAUAUGAUCUGCCAACCUGGUUCCAAGGGGGAAGUCUAUUCCCCAGGCCCUACCGGCCCAACUCCUGGCAAACCACUCACCCCAGGUGUGAGCACGCCCAUCCCGGCGCCUAGUUUCAAGUGCAGUUUUUGUGGUUAUGUGGCGGACUGCUUGCUCAGCCUCCAACAGCAUGUGGUCCUCCACAGUGCCGCCGUUGCUGCAGCGUCCGCCUCCACCACAGCCAUUCCUCCAGGUUCGGAUUCCAAAGCUGCUCAAAGCCAGCUAGAUGUCUCAGCCAAGCCGGCAAUACAGGGAGCAUCAUUGCCCACCACAAACGAAGUGGCAAAUGGCUCCCCUCCCCAAGAAGCCAGCUCCUCUGCAGCCUUAUCCGAUGGGGUGCUGCAAAUACGGAUCAAGGAGGAGCCCAUAGAUGAGGGGGAGGCAUCCGCUGGACCCCCUUUGGCACAAAUGACAACUGGUCCUGAGUCGGAGCCAGAUGCCUCUUCCCGAGCAUCUUCUCCCCACAGCAUGCACUCCGUGAAGGUCAAGUCCGAGAUCGCCAGCCCUACUCCGGGGUCCAGUCCGGUGCCCAGCGAACCUGGAUCCAGCAUUCCCGGCGGCACGAUCUUUCUGCCCCAAUAUGUGUUCGGCCACGAGGCUACGGUGGUGCCGCAGGCUUCAGAGAUCUUGGCCAAAAUGUCGGAGCUGGUGCACAGUCGGCUGAAGCAGGGCCAUGGAGGGGUUCCCCCCAACCUUUUCCCAGGUACCCCAGUGCCCAAGGGGGCCACCUGCUUUGAAUGUGAGAUCACGUUCAACAACAUCAACAACUACUACGUCCACAAGCGGCUGUAUUGCUCCAGCCGACGGGUGACGGAGGAGAACUCCCCCAGUGCUCGGAAGUUGAAAGCGGCCCCUUCGUCGGCUGCCCCCAAGGGCCCCCCUGCACCACUCAUCUCACCGCAGCAGACUGGGGAGGACAAGGCCAUGGAAGAAGGUGAAGCUGCGGGAGGGGCCACUCCACCCGCCACAGAGAUCAAGCAGGAGGUGAAGACGGAGGAGAGUGCAGCCAAAGCCAGCCCCUCGCCCGAGGCGGAUGCAGCAGGCCGCAUGAGUGAGGACAGUCAGAGUCCUGGGGCCAGCUCUGUGGAGGAGCCAGACGACGAUCCCAGCCGCACCGUAUGUGAGGCCUGCAACAUCCGCUUCAGCCGGCAUGAGACCUACAUGGUGCACAAGCGCUAUUACUGUGCCUCCCGCCAUGACCCACCACUACGCCGGAGUGGGGCAGCUGGAAAAGUGCCCUUCCUGCCCCAGCCCAUCCGCACUCGCAAACGGCGCAAGCUGUAUGAGAUCCACAAUGCCGCCAGCCAACUCAACAGCAGCAGCAGCAGCAGCACCCCAGAAGCCCACCGCUCCGAGGUGCCCCCAGUCGUCCCCACUCUCAUUUCUGUGGUCAAGGCUGCCCCUUCCCCAAGCUCAAGCCCAGAUGCUGAUGGACCCAUCGACCUGAGCAAGAAGCCCCGGCUUCAUGGCAAUAGCAGUGGAGAUGUGGUCCCGGCCUCCCUGCUGCCGCUGGCGGACUACCACGAAUGCACUGCCUGCCGCAUCAGCUUCCACACCUUGGACAGCUAUCUGGCCCACAAGAAGUACUACUGCCCGGCCACACCGUUACAACCCAGCACUCUGGAGCAGCUGCAGAAGAUCAAGGGAACAGUCCCGGCUCUUCUGAAACCUCGGGGAAGCCCAGAGAGGCUGGGGGACGAACAUGAGGGGGGCCCACAGGUCAAAGUAGAGAAGGCCACGCCAUCCUUGAGCCCCGCCGCUCCCCAGACCACCUUUCCCGGCGUGGAGCCACUUCAGCAGCGCUACCUGGAUGCCAAAGCCCUUCACCUCCAAGGCGCCAAGGUGUCGCUGGCAGUGUGCCCCUACUGCCCACUCAACGGGGCCGUCAAGGGGGACUUAGUGGAGCACUUCCGCAACGCCCACGGCCUCUUUGCUGCCAAAACGGUCUCUGGCGCCACCUUGAUCGAGGCCACACGGACGCUGGCUGAGGGCAACCACUUGCUCCCAGUGCUCCCCGCCACCUCCCCACCCCAGACCCUUCCCAGGUUGCGCAAGGACAGCCUCAAUGGCAAGGAGCCCCCCGUCCCCCCAAUGUCGAACGGGAGCCCGCGCCCCUCUGCUUCCCCACAGCCCCUUUUGUCCGCCUCCCCCGCCCUCCCUUUGCCUGUCUCCCCAUUGCCCGAGGUGCCCCCCAAUGCCCUUCCUGGCUAUACGGACAAAGGUGUUCAGACCCCGCCUGGCAAAGGGCCCCCGGCUCCCGUGGCCAACGGCAACCACCGGUACUGCCGCCUCUGCAACAUCAAGUUCAGCAGCCUCUCGACCUUCAUCGCCCACAAGAAGUACUAUUGUUCCUCACAUGCAGCCGAACAUGUCAAGUAACGUGAGGCAUGUGUGCAUCCCUUGCGCAGAGGAUGCUUGCCGGUCGAGAAGUCCAGCUUCUUUCUGGUUAGUCAUGGAAGAAUACGGCGCUUGGGAGCCAUUCGGUCGAGAGACAAACUCUUCUGCCCUUGGCGGAAGGAUGGCUUUUGCACUAGAGCCGCUCAAGGGCUGACUGGUUGUCCCUUCAAAGUCCAGAAAGGUCAAGCAGAGAUUGCUUUCAGGGACUGAGAGGGGGGAGUUUGGAGCAUUUGGUUCAGGCAUGGGCCAACUUCGGCCCUCCAGGUGUUUUGGACUCCAACUCCCACAAUUCCUAACAGCCUACCGGCUGUUAGGAAUUGUGGGAGUUGGAGUCCAAAAUACCUGGAGGGUUGAAGUUGUCCCAUGCCUGAUUUAGACAAAUUGGAGGGCAUUAAAAUAGCGCACACUGUAAAAGACUGGAGUCCGAACACAGAGGCAAGAUGACCACCCCACUCGCUCUCACCAAUCCUAAAGAGAAAUCAGGGAUUGCUCAUCGUUGUUUUGGAGGAGUUGGGUUAGAUGUCCUUUUGUUUUGCUUUGGGUAAGCAGAUCUCAGCUAUAUUCAGAUGCACUUCUUUGGCUGGGAACUUGGAUGAGAAGGGGUAAAGAGGCACAAAAACAAUGCAACAUCUCACCUGGGGAAAAAUAUAUAAAUGUUCCCCCUCCAAACAUACCGUUCCCCCUUUUCUCAUGGGGACAGACCAUCUCUUUUUUGAUUUUUCUUCUUUUGGAACCAUUUUCUCCAUGCUCUUCCGCUCCCCAAAAGACACCAAUCUAAGUGACCCAUUUCCAAGAAGAAACCCAAAAGAGACGUAGAACACUUUCGUGGCUCUCCAUAUCCAUGCAGAGAAUAUAUAGUGCUCAGCGCAACUGCUCCUGAGCAUGUACAGAACACUCAAUUCUGAACACUCAGAAGUAAACAUAUCAAUUCAAGGGAUAUAAAGUGCUCGGCGCAACUGCUCCUGAGCAUGUGCAGAGCAUCAGUUAGUCACCCAAAAGUAAAUAUAUAUCCAUGCAGGGUAUAUAAAUUGCUAGAUGCAACUGCUCCUGAGCAUGUGCAGAGCAUCAAUGUGUCACCUAAAAGUUAACAAAUAUCCAUGCAGGAAUAUGAAGUGCUAGGCACAACUGCUCCUGAGCAUGUGCAGAACAUCAAUGGGUCACCCAAAAGUAAACAUAUCCAUGCAGGGAAUAUAAAGUGCUAGGCACAACUGCUCCUGAGCAUGUGCAGAACAUCAAUGUGUCACCCAAAAGUAAACAUAUAUCCAUUCAAUGGAUAUAAAGUGCUAGGCGCAACUGCUCCUGAGCAUGUGCAGAGCAUCAAUGUGUCACCUAAAAGUUAACAAAUAUCCAUGCAGGAAUAUGAAGUGCCAGGCACAACUGCUCCUGAGCAUGUGCAGAACAUCAAUGGGUCACCCAAAAGUAAACAUACAUCCAUUCAGGGGAUAUAAAGUGCUAAGCGCAAUUGCUCCUGAGCAUGUGCAGAGCCUCAAUUGGUCACCAAGAAGUAAAUAUAUAUCUAUGCAGGGUAUAUAAAGUGCUAGCUGCAACUGCUCCUGAGCAUGUGCAGAGCAUCAAUUGGUCACCCAAAAGUAAAUAUAUAUAUCCAUUCAGGGAAUAUAAAGUGCUAGAGAAACAUUAGCUCUCUGCCCUGGUGCACCAUUGCAAGCACUGUGAUUCCGUUUUGUCGCUCUGUCUUAUGAGAUCUUGGGAUUUGUAGUUGGUGAGGAACCAGAUCUCUCUGGCAGAGAAUCCUAAACUACAAACACCGGGGUUCCAUAAGAGGCUCCCAUUGCAAUUCAUAGCAGAGUUUCUUUUUUAACGGGACUAAACUCAUUCCGCAUACCAAAUCCCUGGGCAUUUCUGGACGGACUUCUAGCAGGAUAUAGGUGUCCAAUAACAGGUGGAGUUUCAUCAUCCAUUGGUCCCUUUCUGCAACGGAUAGGAGCGAGGGGCUCUCUGCCUGCCUUUGGGGCUGUGUUUCCACCCCCCUUCCCCCCCUUUGUCCCUAAAUCGUCUUUCCGGUGGGUUUAUGUAGAAUCGAUGUGGACUGGAACUGAAAAAAAAUGCAAACAAGACAGCACUGAAAAAAGGAGGGCUCGACUCUCCGUUUGGCAAUUCUAUGUAUAAGUUGUGUACAUAAAUAAAUGUCUAAUGAACCUGU